GCGGCAGAGUGAGUGCCCUCCCCGCCUCGUAAUUCAUCCCUAAUUUUCCUCCUCCCACCCUUCCCUCCACCCCGGAGCCAUUACGUGUUCCAUCAGUCCCUGUAGCACACCUCGGCGGCCGGGAUACAGGCACUCUUCACACAAUGGGGGACGAGGGCAAGGAUGAGGAGCGCGUGUACGGGGGCUGCGAGGGCCCUGACGCCAUGUAUGUGAAACUCAUCUCCUCAGACGGCCAUGAGUUCAUCGUGAAGCGGGACCAUGCACUCACCUCGGGCACCAUCAAAGCCAUGCUCUCGGGCCCCGGACAGUUUGCUGAAAACGAGACAAAUGAGGUCAACUUUAGAGAGAUUCCGUCACACGUGCUUCAGAAGGUGUGCAUGUAUUUCACCUACAAAGUGCGCUACACCAACAGCUCCACCGAGAUCCCUGAGUUCCCCAUCGCCCCAGAAAUCGCCCUGGAGCUGCUCAUGGCCGCUAACUUCCUUGACUGCUAAAGAACACCGCUGCUACCAUUCUAGAGAACAGGCAGCGAGGCCACAACCACACUACCACUACUACCACUCAUUCAUAACUCUCCUCAAAGCUAUAGGCGAUAAAAAAACGGAUAAAUUAUUGAAAACUUAUGGGGGGGAAGGGGUUGAUGUUGAUCUAAUUCAUACCAAGUGCUUUACUUUUUUCCUCUUUUCGUUCCUCCGUUUUUAUCUUAUGCUGCGUUACGAGUGUCCGGAUGUGAGGGAGAAGAGGAAAGGCGUCGAGGAUUUUGAUAGCUUACAUUUAGUACCACCACAUCCCUGUUCCCGCCUGUACUGAUCCUAAUAUUUCCAGAAUGCUUUUUGUUACUGCAGCUGAGAAAUGUUGAUGGUUUGAAGUAAAGAAGUUGAGAUUACUUCCUUGGUUGACCCAUGUGUAAAUGCAUUAUCUCCUCCUACCUCCUCUAAGUUGAGUAAAAUACGGUAGCUUUGAAUAUUUAUUUCUGUGCAAGGCUCUGGAAUACGGCAAAUGAUCAAUGCGCUUUUGUUACAGUGCAAUGCCAUAAAAAGAUCCACUUUUAUAAUGUGAAACAUGAUGUCACUAUUAGACAAAUAUUACUGUAAGAGUUUUAAAAUGGUGCUGCAAUUUACAUUACUUUCCUGCACUUCUUUCUAAGGUAUUGUAGGUUAGUCCAGCCCCAAGCCACAGCAUGUUGGAAUACAGAGUGAGAGACCGAGCGUUAAAAUGUUUCACAAAACUUAAAAACGUACAUCAAAAAGGACAAAAUAAAGCGUUAUCGAUGAACUAAGCAAGGAAGAGGUGUCUGUCGGGAGUGUUUGUCAUCCACUGUGAGGAAUAUUUCAUUGUUGCAGAUGUGUUGCGGUAAUGUAAUACCUUCCCCAAACUGUACAUAAUAGGUCAUAAUUUUACAUCCUUUUACUUACGCCAAAUAACUUGUCAAAAGGUUUUACAUGCUGGAGGGUUUAGUUUUCUCUUUCCCGUUGUUUUUUUUUUCCCUAGUGACCCCUAGAAGGCUGUAUAGUUUUGUUUAGUGUCUUCAUACAACACUGCGUCUCGCCUGGACCGAAGGCUUGCAUGCCAGGCCUCACUACUGUGUCUUAGCUCACAACACUCACAACCACAACACUACUACUAAUAUGAGAGCCAGUCUUAUUGGGCUUUGUAUGUUUUGUUCUGUCUACGGUUUCUGCAAAAGCCUUACGAUGUGUCAUUUAUUGUUCUGAAUAAAUUAUUGGUAAUCAA